AUGGCCUCAGCGAAGAGGCCAAAUUUCCUCGUCAUCGUCGCAGAUGACCUUGGGUUCAGUGAUACCUCGCCCUUCGGGGGGGAGAUAGAAACACCCAAUUUGAUGAAGAUGGCCAUGGAAGGCUUGCGGUUCACGGAUUUCCACACUGCUGCGUCAUGUUCGCCGACUAGAGCCAUGUUGCUUUCAGGCACUGAUUCCCACAUUGCUGGUCUCGGAGCCAUGGCUGAGCGAAUGAGAAAAUUUCCUCACGUCUUUGAAGAUAGACCUGGGUACGAGGGUUACCUGAAUUUCAAAGUUGCUGCGAUGCCAGAAAUCCUUCAGGACAAUGGCUAUCACACCGUAAUGUCCGGCAAAUGGCAUUUGGGUAUGACCAAAGAUGUUGCGCCCUGUUCUCGGGGCUUCACCAAGGUUCUUUCCACGCUUCCUGGCGCCGGCAACCACUUCAAUCAUGAGCCUCAGCUCUAUGAUACCAAGGAGACGCCCCGUGCUCUACUGAAAGGCAAUGGGAUCUGGAUGGAGCAGGAUAAUUUUAUUGACGGAGGGAGCGACCUCCCCAAGGACUUCUAUUCGUCCAACACGUUUACUGAUUACUUUUUGAAAUACAUGAGUGAACGUACAGGAGACGAGAAAGAAAAACCAUUCUUUGGUUAUCUCGCCUUCACCGCUCCUCACUGGCCGCUACAAGCUCCACCGGAGACCGUGAGAAAAUAUAAAGGGUGGUAUGAUGACGGACCUUUCGAGUUACGUGGCCGGCGACUCAAAUCACUCAUCGAAAAAGGGAUUGUUCCAAGCGAUGUCGUGCCGGCGCCGCUCCACACGUUGGGAACAACGCCGUGGGCUGAACUUCCAAAGGAUGACCAGGUCAAGUCAUGUCGCGCGAUGGAAAUUUUUGCUGCCAUGGUUGACCUAAUCGACGUCAAUGUUGGGCGAGUCAUCGAAUACCUGAAAUCUACAGACGAGCUGGACAACACAUUCAUUGUAUUCAUGUCUGACAACGGAGCUGAGGGACAACUGCUGGAAGCCAUUCCCAUUCUCGCAGGUGCAACACUAGCGGACGUUAUCAAGAAGUACUAUGAUAAUUCGUUAGAAAAUAUGGGGAACCACAAUUCUUUUGUCUGGUACGGGCCUCAGUGGGCAAGCGCUGCAACCGCACCAUGCCGGGCCGCAAAGUCCUACACCACGGAGGGUGGUAUCAGGUGCCCAUGUAUCGUUAGGUUCCCGCGGGGCAUGCCUUCCCAGCGGGAGGGAAGCAUCGACAAUACGUUCACGACAGUCAUGGAUAUCUUACCAACCUUCCUCGAGUUUGCAGGGAUCGAACAUCCUGCUCCAACAUUUCGUGGCCGCGAAGUCGCUUCUCUUCGCGGUAAGAGUUGGAGGCCACUGUUGUCGGCCUCGAAGUCCAACACCGUUUCUGUAUACGACGGUGAGCAGGACGUUGUCGGGUGGGAGCAGCUUGGUAUAGCAGCAGUCCGCCUCGGGGCAUGGAAAGCCGUUUUUUUGCCUCCGCCGCGUGGGCAAGGAAAGUGGGAGCUAUAUGAUCUGAGCAAGGAUCUUGGUGAGAUUGAUGAUCUGGCAGCAAAAGAGCCCGAAAAGCUAGUAGAGAUGAUUGCACAUUACGAGACCUAUUUUCAGGAAACUGGUAUGUUCGAUGCAUAUGAAAUGUACCAGAGUGAGUUGAAAAAGGUCCAUCUAGCAGGAAAGGCUUGGUAG